UCCCUCCCUCUCUCUCUCUCUCUCUCUCUCUCUCUCUCUCUCUCUCUCUCUCUGUGCUUCUCCCAUCCUCUUCCUCCUCCUCAGCCGCUGGAUGCUGCGUCAGAAGGCGCGAGGCUCCGUCUGGAUGGAGACCGACUGAGGAGCCACCGGUGCCGGGGAGAAGGGGCGGUCAGACAGAGGGGCGGCCUCGGCACGGAGCUCCUCCACCAUCCAAAAUUUUCCUGCCUCACUCGCUGCUGUAACGGCGGGGCGUCUCUUGGGAAUUGUGCGCAACAUGCCCGCACCCAGAAGUGUCUAGCGAGAGGUCCGACUUGCCUGCAUAAGAUGGACGUGGUGGGAGCGGAGCGUCGCAGGGCCACCCCGGCGCAGACGCCCGAGGAGAGGGACGUGUGGAGGGAUGGGGGGAGAGCCGGGUGGAGGGAUGCAGGAAGGGAGGCGUGGAGGGAUGGACGGGAGAGCGGAGUGGUGCACAGCUACAGUUUUGACUCCUACCAGCUGGAAGAGGAGGAAAUCGGCAAAGACGUCCCGGAGAGAGGCGUUCUGGCGCUGUCUGAGCCCGACUUUGAGGAGCCGAUCCCUGACGACCGUUACCAUGGCAUCUACUUUGCGAUGCUAUUGGCUGGAGUCGGGUUCCUGCUGCCUUACAACAGCUUCAUCACAGACGUGGACUACCUUCACCACAAGUUCAGCGGGACAUCCAUCGUGUUUGACAUGAGUCUAACGUACAUCCUGGUGGCGCUUUUGGCCGUCCUCCUCAACAACGUGCUGGUGGAAAGACUCAGUAUGCACACCAGAAUCACCGUGGGCUACAUCUUAGCAUUGGGGCCUUUGGUGUUUGUCAGCGUUUUUGACGUCUGGUUGGCAAAGUUCACCAACAGUCAAGCUUAUGUCAUCAACCUGGUUUCAGUGGGAGUAGUUGCCUUUGGCUGUACAGUGCAACAGUCCAGUUUCUAUGGUUACAUGGGGAUGCUGCCCAAGAGGUACACGCAGGGGGUGAUGACUGGAGAGAGCACCGCCGGGGUCAUCAUCUCCUUGUCUCGCAUCUUCACCAAGCUGCUGAUCCCAGACGAGAGGAGGAACACGCUCAUCUUCUUCCUCAUCUCCAUUGGCAUGGAAAUGCUUUGCUUCCUGCUUCACCUGCUGGUGCGCCGCUCCCGCUUCAUCCGCUACUACACCAGCCACGCCCAGGGCAAAGGUCCGGGCAAAGGUCACGACCCCCGCGGCAACUCCACCGGCUACAGGGUUCACCAUGACGUCACGGCGGAGGAGGUUAAAUUUGGGAAUGGCGCAAUGGGGCCACCCACAACAGAAGAGGGCAUUGAGGAAUAUGUGGGUGGGACAUAUGUGCGAUUUGACGCCCCAAAAAUCAAGUUCAGAAGAACCUGGCCUAGUGUUCGAGACCUGAUUUUGCAUCGUUACGUGGUGUCCCGUGUCAUCUGGGCCUACAUGGUGUCCAUAGCGGUGACCUACAGCAUCACUCUGUGCCUGUUCCCCGGCUUGGAGUCCGAGAUGAGGAACCCCACCUUAGGGGAGUGGCUGCCCAUCCUCAUCAUGGCCACCUUCAACAUGUCCGACUUUGUAGGAAAGAUUCUGGCGGCGCUGCCCUACGACUGGUCUGGAGGCCGCCUGCUCUUCUUCUCCUGCUUGAGAGUUGUCUUCAUACCUCUCUUCAUCAUGUGUGUGUACCCGGCGCACGCGCCCACCCUGGCCCACCCUGCCUGGCCGUGUCUCUUCUCCCUGCUCAUGGGCGUUACCAACGGGUACUUUGGCUCCGUGCCAAUGAUUCAGGCCGCUGGCAAAGUGGCGCCGGAGCAGAGGGAGCUUGCAGGUAACGUGAUGACUGUCUCCUACAUGACAGGCUUGAUGGUGGGCUCUGUUGUGGCGUACGCCGCUUACAGCUUCACAGCUCGUCCAACAACAGGCUUCUCCGCCCUCAACGUACACGCAAACAUGACUGCUUUUUGAAUGUCCUCACAUGGUCGCAUAGAAGUUUAUACACUAGCAGCAGGAGAGGGUGACGGUCUCCCCUAUGAAGGAAACAAUGUAGCAUUACAUAUCUUCCUAUUUUCCAGCCAGGAUGAGAGUGAAGAUUUCGUGGAUGUGGAUGAACUUUUUUCCCGGAGUUUUUUUUGGGAGUGUUUCACUGUGAAAUGAGUUUUAGGCAUACUGGUGUGGUUUCAUUUACGACGUGGUCUCUUUUUGUAGACUUCAGCUGGAGAUAGUGACAACCCAUGGUCCUGAAAUAAUAAAGGUCCUUCAUGGAGAAAAGUGGCAGACAAAAUAGAUAAAUGGAUGGAUUAACGUUGACCACGUCAGUUCUUCAUAAAGUGGUAUUGCUAACCCGUGACCGACAGCUUCUGCACAGUGUUCUUUGUGUUGUCUCUUGUGAGGUUUGUUUUUUUUUUGUUUUGUCAGCCAAUAUGCUUUCCAUGUGAGUGGAACCUCCAAAAUCGAACAGACCAAAUAGUACAAUUUGGAGGUCAACCAAACAGUUGUGGUUCUAGAUUUAUGGUGGCAACAGUUUGAGACCAGAAGAAAUGAGCUCACAAUAUGGUGGCAAGAUUGUUUCGAUCUCAAUCAGCACCACAGAACAUUUGUGUUCGACUUUGGAGGAUCUGCUGGAUCGGUGUUGCAUUUUGAGGGGUCAAAACAUCGAGUGCCAAAUAUAUCUACCUUUUCCGAAAUAAUGUUAUUGAGAAAAGAGUGAAUGUAAAAUCAACAAGCGUCACUGUCUGAACCUUGUAAAUAUAUUUAGGAAUAACGUUUAAAAGAGCAAAGAGAUGUGAUUUGCCAGGGCUAAUGAUAUUUUUGUGAGUUUAUUUCUGUAUUAUAAAAAGAUGCAGAACUUUU